GCCAGGAAACGCCGGAUCUUGGCGUGCAGGAUUCGGUGUCACCGAAGCCAGGCAGAGGCUCACCUCCCGGUAGCGCCGGAGCUUCGGCGGUGCGCUUUUACACCCCGCCGCCGGAGGAGGAGGCGACUACAACGACCGUGCCGGCGUUGGAAGCUCCUCCCCACACUCCUCUGGCCGAGGAGCAGGAGGCGUUGGCCACCUUCUUCGAUGGCACAUUCCUUCCGUCGUAUUCGAUGCCGACACGGCCCCCAGAGGUUUACCGAAAGCAGGUGGAGCCUUUGAUGAAGGGCAAGCCGUCAUCCAUGAUUUUCGAAGCUCAGAAGUGGCAGGCGGCGCAUCAGCUGCUAAAUCCGCCCUUUGAUCGGGUCUUGCGGAAGCUGCCGCCGAAUGUGCGCCCCGGCCGAGAUGUCGCUCCUCCUGGGCCCAUGGGCCAUCCCUGUGAGCCAGUCUGGUUUGAGAUGCAGCACCGGCUCGAGGUCAUUCUCCGGAAGCAGGGCAGGAGAGCGGAAAGGAGGAGGAAGCGACGGCUACGGCAAAAGCUCUACCAUGGGAGGGGGCCAAGAGCUGGUUUGGGUCGGAACCUCCGGGAGUACCUCGACUUGUCCUUUGCCCAGCAGGAGGACGUGCCUGGCGAGCCGAAUGGCGAGUUUCUGGGCAAGGUUCACGAGCAGUACAUGCAGCGACGGGGCCGCGAGGAGCAGCGGGGUUUCCGCGUGCGUGGAAGUUCGGAGAGUGUGCUCAGAAAGGUGGUGCGGCCCAUAUAUAUUCCUCCGCCCGGAGUUGCCGUUGUUGCUGGUGCUACCGCGUGA